AUGCAUGCGGGCCCCAAAGCGCUGAUUGGAAUUUUAAGGCUUCAAAUAUGGAUCGUGAACGCUCGUCGCAUCGCCGCCAAGCGCUUCGUUGGACGCAGAGGACUGCCAGAGAGUAUUUGGUGCGACAACGCAACUAAUUUUGUUGGUGUUCAAUCCCAACUCGACGGUUUCAAAAAGCAGUUGUUCAGUCAUCAGGCCUUUCAAGACCUACAGACGUUCACCUCUUCAACGGGCGUAUUGUUUCACUUCAUCCCUCCACGUGCGCCGCACUUCGGCGGGCUCUGGGGAGCGGCGGUGAAGUCAAUGAAGCAUUUGUUGAUUAAAAACAUUGGCAAUUCUGGUCUGACAUACGAGGAGCUGCAAACUGUUGCCAUUGAGGUCGAAGCCGUCCUAAAUUCAAGACCAAUGGCACCAAUAUCAGAGGAUCCGAAUGAUGAAGAAGCUCUAACCCAAUCUCAUUUCUUAUUAGGUUCUUCUAUAAAGGCGCUUCCAAAACCGUGUUUGCAGGGUCGGAACCCUAACAUUCUGACUCGCUGGUAG